AUGUCUCAAUCUUCUUCGCGCGGCAGCGAGCGCGUAAUUCAUCAAGAUUUCAUCGCGCGAAUCCGGUACUCGAAUGCGCUGCCACCGCCGCCAAUCCCACCCAAACUUCUCGAUAUCCCAAACACUGGUCUCUCCAGCGGCGUAUAUACAGCAGCCGGCUUUGCCUCUCGUCUAGCGCGAGAGCAGCCGCUGAACAUCGAGGCCGAUGCCGAGCUUGGAAUGCCAUUGGACCUGGUGGGCAUGCCCGGGAUCUUCGAUGGUGACGAGAGUUCUAUUCAGGCCCCAACUCAUACACCCCAAGUUCAUCCCCAUGAUCGAGCGCUCCUGAGACCUCUCUCCACACUCGGAAAACCUAAGGUCUCCGAAUCAGCAGUGUCUUUCCUGCGCCGCACUGAGUAUAUCUCUUCAGCUGCCAGUAAAACCCAUAAAGACUCGGGUGCACUGAGGUCGUUGAACAACAACGCUUUAAGACGGCCGCUGAAGAGAAAGUCGCCUGAGCCAGAGGCCGGCUCACCUGCUUACAUCAAGCGCAAGAUUGCGAAGAGCUUCCAAACCGGGGAGCAAUUCGCGAAGAACCCGCGCACGAUCAAAAAUCCUGCACCAGCCAAGCGAGCUAAAGGCAUCAAGGUUAAGGAUGCCUACCCUCUGCUACCCGAUCUAGAUGCUUUCCCCGACUCAGGCGCGUACGUAACGAUCAGAUUUCAGCACAAUCCGGUCACAGUAAGUGACACGUAUGAUGGCCGCCUUCUGUCCGGCAUCUUCAAACCCAUCGAGAAGACUGAGGCCGAGGAGAAGGCGUACGAGCUGGCGCUACAGGCGUGGGAGGCGGACCCGACCGGUGCCCGACCAGCAAAUCUCAUGAACUAUGACUACUACCUCGCGGACACGGCACGAUCUGCCACCAACUUCCGCGUCAAAUUUGACAUCACAAACCCGGAGCGCGAGGACGAGAGCUUGUAUACGGCGCGCACUAGCGAUGAUGAUGCCUGCUUCAUGUUCAACCGGCUGCGCGCGUACGAGACUGCCCAUGAGACCGAGCUUGAUCACGCGACCAAGUACGACGACGAGAUCAUCAUCGCCACCUCGAAGGGCAGCAGCGAUGGCAAGAAGGCGGCGUGGUACUAUCCGGUGAUGCAGCGCAGCACGAUCCGCGCGCAGCGAGGCAAGAACAUUGGCCGAGCUAUCGGUGUCGCGGGCGAAGAUGAGCAGGUUGUCGACCAGUUGGAGGUGACGGUUGAGGAUCCCACAGAGGAGAUUCUCGAGUACAUGCGGAGAUAUAAAGAGAACCCUCUCGGAAUUAGCGAUGAGGACGAUGAGGAUGCUGCCGGCGACACGCAGCCGUCGCAGCAUGGAAGAGAUGAUGACGGCCCGACAAACGGCCACCAUAGCGAGGAUGCUGCGGAUUCUGCCGAUGAGCCGGAUGCCGACGGCGACGAUGAUGAGUAG